AUGCCUAGCUCAAAACAAAUUCAAAGUCCAUUCUAUGGCUUUCUAUUUUGUACUUUUGUAAUUGUUCUUGCAAGUAUAUUAAUACAAACACGUAAUUCACCACCUCUAAAUGAAUAUCUUCCGAAAACAAUUGCAUCAACAAAACCAUAUGCAACAUUUGAAGAAUUCUAUCCACAUUAUUUACUUGAACAUUCUAAACAAACGACUCGAAUAUGGCAUUAUAUUGGUACAGCUCUUGUUACCACUUAUAUGUUAUGCAAUCCGAUUCUGAUAGUUUCAUUAUUAUCAGCAGGUUUAGCUGCUUUUUCUCUUGUACCGUUUCUUCGCCAUUUACCAAACGGUUUAUAUGAAAUGGGUUUAUUUUUAGUACUCUAUCUUCUUGGUAGUAAAUUAUUAGCACGUUCGUUUAAAGCAGCUAUUGUACCACUUGUAUUGGGAUAUAGUUUUGCUUGGAUUGGUCAUUUUUAUUAUGAACAUAAUAAGCCGGCAACAUUCAUAUAUCCAGCAUAUAGUUUAAUGAGUGAUUUUCGAAUGAUAGAAAAAGAAGAAGAAAUGAAUUUAUCAACUAGUGAUCUAUCAUUUUUAAGUGAUCGUUCUCGACACCGAUCGAUGAUAUCAGCUGGUUUUCAAUUAUCAUCAGCGUCAUCAAAUUCACCAUUUGAACAAUAUUCAUCAAAAUUGCCAGCAUCUGUACGUGGAGCACUCAAUCAUACAGCAGAUGUUUCAUUAUUGAGCGCUCGAUUUUCACGUAAUGGCUAUUGUUGGCUUGUCUCAGAUCAAACAGCAUAUGUUUGGCUUGCUUCUAGUUCAAAUCGAAUAACUGAUGCUCUUAUUCAUCAAGAACUUAAAUUACCUGAAUGUGCUCUUGGACAACAAGCAAAUUUAAUAGAAUUGUUUUCAGUCAAUGCUGAUGAUGCUGAUUGUUGUUCGUGCCUCGUAAUAACAUGUGAUGGUUAUGCUCGUUAUUGGCGUACAAUUGUACGGCCAAAUGAUUACUAUGAUGUUAAACUUGAAUUUGAUCAGAUUGAAAUUCUAUGUCAUUUUAAAGAUGAUAUUUGUGUUUGCGGUUCGUAUUCUGGAAGAUUAUAUACAAUUCCAUGUAAUGCAUUGUGUAAUAAGGCUUAUAUUCGUCCAUCAUCAUCAUCAUUAUUAUCAUCGAUUGGUUUUGGAUUAAAAUCAAUGUUAUUCGGUACAAGUCGUCAAAUGAAAGAUAAUGAAAUUCUUCGUUGUCUUCAUUCAUUAAAAAAUGAUACAUCAACACCAACAACAAUAUCAAUGAAUGUAGAUUUAAUAUCAUUAACAGAUAAACAUUUAUACUUUUGGUAUUUAGCCGAAAAUGAAAUUCAACUUGUACAUUCACUUGAUCUUCAGCAAGUAUUUGCUCAUGAAGCAGCAAAAGAUCAAAAACCAAAUGAUAAUCAUCGAAAUGUUUCAUGCAUUUCAUUAAGUGUAACACAAGAAACAAUUUAUGUUCUUGCGAUUCAUCAUGGUUCACAAGAUUAUCGUUUAAUGUUAGGCGUAUUUUCAUUGAAUCAUUCCGGUGUUCAACUUGUUUCAUUUGUGUUUCUUACUAAUCAUCUUAAUAUUCGUUUGGAUGAACUUAUUGUCAAACCACGUGUACGAAUAUUUGCUGUACCAAAUCAGCCGGCACUACUUGUUCAUACGAAAAAAGAUGCUUUUGUUUAUACUGGACCAGAUUAUUCAGUACUUCUUCGUGCUAGUUUUACGAAUUUAAAUGAAACAAUAUUAGGAAGUGGCCUAUGUGGACAACGUUUGUUAAUGUUCGGUCAUGUGCAAGGUUUGAUAACACCACGAGCACAAGAUUUAAUGACAAAUUUACUGACGAAAAACGCUGACAAUGAUCCAUAUCAACCGAUGAUUAAUGCUUUUCAUGCAUUUCUUAUUCGAAAUGAUCCAGGUGGUGCUGUUGAAUUAUUUCGACGAUUUCUAAGUGUCAUUGAUACAACUCAACUAGAUGAUAUUGUUGUACGAUUUGGAAUUUUUAUUAUUGAUGAUCCAUCAUUGCAAGAAACAAAUGAUUUAACAAGACAAUUAGAAAAGAAAAAUGAUAUCUAUAAUUAUUAUUUCUCAUUUCUUAAAUUAAUUGCGGUGUGGAAUAAACUUCAUGUUGCACAUUUCAAUAAUGGAAUCUAUCAUACGAAACAAAUCUUACAACAGUUCGGUGAGAAAUUACAAUGUGCUAAAGCUUUUGCUCAAGCAAGCCAACAAUCGCUUUAUUUGCAAGCAGCCUUCCGGUCAAAAUCUCGGCAUAGUCAAAUUUCUGAUAUAUCUGAAGUCAUAGCAACAAUUAUCGUUGGUGUUAUUGAAGCAAGUCGUACGCUUGAAAUUCAAUCUUAUGAAGAAGCAACACGUUUGCUAUUGAUUGCAUUUGAUAGUAUACAAAAAUAUCGUCAAGAUCAUGAACAAGAAUCAGUUAUAUCAUCGAAUCCAAUUGAUGACGAAAAUUUUACACAAUCAAUCAUUUGUCAACCAUGGAUUUUAUAUGAACAAAAUCUUCAUGAUUUAUAUGUUUUACAUUGUACUCAACAUUUUGAACAAGCAUUAGAAUUAUGUGAAUCACAUGAAGUUCGCGAACGUUUACUAACAAUGAUCUCUCGACUUGUCUAUAAUAUUCUUGAUGAAUAUCGAGUUUAUGUAUGUGAUCUUUAUUCAGAUGGUGAAUCAAAUAAUGAUGCAGAACAAAAACCGUGGAUUAACUAUAAACAAAAACGAAGUUCAUUAAUAAAAAUAUUCAUUAAAUUGAAAGAAUAUUCGAAAGGUAAACAAUUGGCAGAAGAAUUUGAAGAUUAUCUAGCAUUAAUUGAAAUAUGUGAUGACAUAAAAGAUACUGAACAGUUGAGAACAUAUAUUGAACAAUAUGGAGACAAAUUUAUGGUUGUAUUUGACGAUUAUUUACGAUCGAAAUCAGUAUUAUCUGUUUUAUUUCAAGAAGAAUAUUUCGAUUUAAAAUCUGUUCAACGUUAUUUAAAAUCAAAACCAGAAUUCGCCUGGAUGGUUGAUGUAAAAAAUCGAGAUUAUGAGCAUGCUUCUCUCUCAGCUUUACAACAAGUUGCCGAAACAAUCGGUAAACGUCAAACUCUUUUGGCUGUUAGCAAAUUCGCAUUACUGGCUAGCAGUCAUAAUGAAGUACGAAAUGCUGAAGCUAUUAAAUUACGUUUACGUUUUAUUGAAAACGAAGAAAAUCUUUGCCAACAAAGACUUGAUCUUUUAUCGAAUCUCGAUGAAAGUGAACGAUUGAAGCAACCACUAAUUAGUCCAAAAGAUAUGAUAAAGAAUUUAGUAUUGAAGAAAAAUACAUCACAAUCAUUAUUACAACGUUAUUGUAGUGCUUUGAAAAUACUUUCUCAAAUGGAGAGUAAUCCGGAUUUCGAUCAACUUCGUUUAUUUAUAUUUGCUCAAGCGCUUCUAGUUGAUCCUCUUAAAUCAAUAGGCAAUUCAGCAGAUCCAUUAUCAUGUAAUGCUAAAACACUUUUUAGUCAAUUAUUUGAUUAUAUUAAACAUGAAAAUCUUGAUAAAUACAAUAUAAUUCCAUCGCGUGAAAAACUUCAAUCAUCGAAUGACCUUGUAUCAUUUCAAAACAAUCAAAAAUUUCAAGAAGCACUUGCAGCUAUCUAUUCAUCGUUACUAACUAGAUAA